GGGACAGUCCUGGAUCCAAGCCGAGGGGGCGACCCAGGGCCCGUCCCUUCGGGUCCCACCGCCCCUUCCUCCUCCUCCUCCUCCAUCCCAGACUUUGGCAUUUCCUCUGAGCUCAUCCACUAAGUGACGCGCCGCGUUCCCCACUCGGAAGAGGAAGCGAGGGGAAAAAAAAAAAAGUUUUUGCAGAAGUUGGCUACUUCUGCAAGCGACGCGAGCAGCGGCGAGAUAGCAAGCGGCGUCCGGCCCCAGGACGACGGAGGGGGACCGGGACUGACGAAGCCCCAGCCCCCGACGACGGGGACCCACAACGGUGAGUGGCCGCCCGUCGCUUCCUCCGAGCCGUUAAGCCCUGGGGACAUCUCGCUUGGGCGCCCGCGGGCGCCCGGCCAACAAAAAGAAAGGUUGCAGAGUCCGGACACCGAUACCCUCCCCCCAGCCCGUCUCACGGGAGGGCCGUCUGUCGGGGCCGAGGGAAGAGGAAGAGAGGGGGCUGUCCUGCCCCGUCGAAAGCUGCCGGACCCCCCCAAAAAGCCGCGGCGAUGGGUUGAAACGCUGCCAGCCCGGAGCGAAGCAGCAACAGCAGCAGCGACGGCGGUGGCGGGUUUGCAAGCAACAGCAGCGCCGAGCUCGACGGGCGAUGCAUGAAGCCGGCCUUCCCCGAGGGACCUCCUCGCCUCCCCGCCGCCCCUGAAGGACCCCCCCCCCCGCCACAUGGCCGUCUACAGGCUCAACGUGCGCGUCUUCUGGCCGCUCCUGACCUGCGCGUGCACCGUCCUGGUCUGCCUGUUGCAAGCGCUGCGCGGCAAGGCCGGCCCGACGGGCGGAGAAACGGGCUGGCCGCUGCCGUCGCUGCUGCGAGGGCUGCCGGUUCCUCCGCUGCUGCUGCUGUUGCUCUUGCUGGCCGCGCUGGGCUUGGGCGGGCGGGCUUGGUGGACGGCGCGGCAGCAGCAGCAGCAGCAGCAGCGACGGCGGCGGCUGAAAGGCGGCUCGAUCGGCAGCCCCGGCGCUUCCAGCGGACGGGAAGCCCGGCGCCGCGCCUUGCUGGACGGCUUCUACGAGACGCGGCUGCGGCUCUCGCCCCACGUGCUGGGCCACAGCAAAGCCCACGUCAGCCUGGUGGUGGGCGAGCUGGUGCGCGCCGGCAAGGCGGCCGGCCGGCUGUCCCUGCGCGGGGAUGUCGUCCAAGUGGGCAGCGCUUACGAGCAACACAAGGUGGGCAGCCCCGACGCCUUCGACGUGCUGGUGCCGCUGCGUCUGCCGCCCCGGCUGGAGCUGCGCGCCCUGCCUUGCGCUCCGGAGGAACAGCAACCCGGGGGGCGGCGGGGCGCUUUCCUCUGCGUUUUGCGCGUCGCCGAAGGCGCGCAAGGUUCCCCGAGCCGGCCUCUGUGCGUGGCUGCAAGCCAGGGCGAGGCGGACGGGGCGUCCCUGCUGUCGGCGGCGCUGGUGGCCCGCUGGUUCCAGGCGCAAGUGCAGCGCUGCCUUUGCGCCGUGCGCGCCCGCCUGCAAGAGCGUUGCCGGGUGCAAUUGGCCGUAGGCGCUGCGCCCUGCCCGCUGGCUUUGCAGAUCGCGCCCCGCUCGGAUUACGUCUGUUGCCACCUCUCCCUGACCGUCCACCUCACCCCGGCCAUCCCGCUGGGCGAGGGGCUCUACCUCACCCCCUGGGUUGGCCUCCAGCCUUCAACGGCCCCCCAACUGGGCACUUUCUGGACCCUCAACCUCUCCAAAGCCGAGCAGCGCUUGCUGGCCUGGCUGCGGGACCAACUCCUGCCCGACUCCUGCCACCUGAAAUGUUUGCAGAUCCUCAAGGGGCUGAGGGAGCUGGGGAGCCGUGCCCUGGAGCCCCCCUGGGCUGCCCAGUGGGACCGGGUCCUCUCCUCCUACGUCCUCAAGACGGCGCUUUUCUGGGUGCUCCUACGUAUCCCGUGGCAAGCUUGGGAGGACCAGUUCUUGGUGGCCCGGCUGGAGGACGUGGUCCUUUUUCUGGUGCAGGCUCUGCAGCGAGGGAGGCUGGCCCACCUGUUUCUGGGGAACCCUCACCUGCCCGAAAUCCUCAGCUUGCCCAAAUUCGUCAAGGAAGCCUCUCCGGUGAACCUGCUGGCUGAUUUUGAGCGUCCCACUUUGGAGAAAGUGGCCUCGCAGCUGCUGAGCGUCUGGAAGCAGGCACCCAGGAUCAUCCGGGUGUACGGUGGCCCCAGGUACCGAAAGCAGAACCUCACCUGAGGCUCUUCCUUUACCCCUCGCCAGCCUGGACUUUGCACCCCCCCCCAAAAAAAAUGAAGGUUGAGUUGCCAUAUAUUCCCCAAGACAAAUUUUGGAUUUGGGGCUUUAGGAUGGGGAGCUCCAUUCAAGGACAUCUGAAGGACCUUGUCUAGGAGCAAGAAAGACUGUCUACAUCGGACUUUUGGUCUUAAGAGUUGGAGCCAUGAGUUCCAAUCCUGCGUGGAACUCGGGUGCUGGAUCAGUUUUGGGGUGUUCUUUUUACCAGCCGGUCGGACACUUCAGGGGUUUGCUGGAAGGGAGGGAAGGAUGGAAAGAACAUCUUGGGGUUCACCAAAGUUCUAAGAGGGCAGGAUUGGUCCUCACCACUCAUGACUGAUUCUGGCUUCUUCCGCUCAGGGUUUCUGCCUUCGUCAACCAAGGCAGGCAAAAAAAAAUGUCCAAGCCGCUUUUCGGUGGGUUCAAAAGGGCAGUUCUUGAUAGGGAAAAGUUGAGAGUUUCUACUUGGGGAAAUCUCAGGCUAUGAUGACUCAUUCUCCUGGGUUUUGGUUUGUAUUUUCC